AGAUUUUUUUGUGCCGAGAGUGAAACUCAAACCGGAGAGUGAACAUCCACUUCGACAACUGUGGCGACAUCCAUUCCUCCAAAGCAGAUCGGGAAGAGCUUUCACGCCUGCUAUGCCAACGUUAUCCGCAGGAUUUUAGAGAGACUUUAACAGUAACGUUGGGCUACACAGACCUUGUGACCAUGUCGGGCGCAGUUCGAUUCCUGUAUGAGAAGGUAUUGAGGAGGACCUCAACGUUCGCCUUCGCUGUGGUCGUCAGCGCAGUCUUUUUUGAAAGAGCGGUGGAUAUGGGCUGCGACGCAAUCUUUGACAACAUCAAUAAGGGGCGGCGGACCUCACCGAGGAGUGGAGGAGGAGCCACCCCCUACCGGACACCUCCCACCUCCAAGAGACCUCCCACGGACCGGGACAAGGGGGUGGAGGCGAGACUAGAGAGUGGACAG